CCGAAGGCUGCGAUGUGUAAUUAGCGGCAAGAAAGCAUGUAAUUGACGGAGUCACGUGCGCCAGGGCCAGGAAAGGAGGAAAAAAAAAGGGGCUAAAGAGGAAAAGCACGUUAGACCAUGCGAGCGCUGGCCAGCGCUAAAAUUUUGAUCGCCGAAUCCUCUGAGGCCGGAUUGAUGCAGAAGGUUACCCAGUGCGAGGAAAAAGUUCUCAUCGGGCCGGUCUGGACAUAGGGCCUGUGUGGCAACAUGGCCGAAGGAGGGGCGAGUAAAGGUGGUGGAGACGAGAGAGGAAAAUUGGCAGAGAGAGAAGAGGAGUCUCAGAUCCAACAGGGAGCAGGCCACUGCAAAUGGUUCAACGUUAGAAUGGGAUUCGGAUUUAUAUCUAUGACCUCCCGAGAAGGCAGUCCCCUGGAAACGCCGGUGGAUGUCUUCGUACACCAAAGCAAACUUUACAUGGAAGGAUUCAGGAGUUUGAAAGAAGGAGAGCCCGUGGAAUUCACUUUUAAGAAAUCUUCCAAAGGCCUGGAGUCAAUACGGGUGACAGGCCCAGGAGGUGCCCCUUGUUUAGGCAGUGAGAGGCGGCCUAAAGGGAAGACGGUGCAAAAACGGAAGCCAAAGGGAGAUCGAUGCUACAACUGUGGCGGCCUUGACCAUCAUGCUAAGGAAUGUAAUCUACCUCCUCAGCCAAAGAAGUGCCAUUACUGCCAGAGCAUUAUGCACAUGGUAGCCAACUGUCCCCUCAAAACUGUUCCACCACAGCCCAGUAGCUCUCAGGGAAGAUAUGAAGCAGAUUCCCAACCUUCCACCUCUGCCUAUGCUGCUUUCCCUAGAGAAACUGGAGGGACCCAAAGCUUCCCAGCUCUGUUUCAUCCUCAGGAGGGAAAACCAGAGGUUGAGCACUCUGGCAAGUCAUCUGUUGAAGCUUCGUCAAGCAAAUCAUCUAUGUCCCCUGAAGAACCAAGCAGAAAGGGGCCUUCCAUUCAGAAACGGAAAAAAACAUAAAGGCAUUCGAUAAGCCCGCUUCUUGAAUUCCACACUCUUUGUAUUUUGAAUAUAGGAUCCCAAACUACCUCAAUGCUUGCAAAAGUACAGGGGAAGUCAUUUUACACAAUGCAGCUCCUCUUUUUUUGGAAAAAAAACAAAAACAAAAAAAAAUCCACUGAAUUAACAAAAUGUUGUCGAACCGAACAAUUCACUCCAUGCAAAGAAUUACUCCUGGAUUAUGUUUGCGCACAUCCACAGUGCUCUACUUUUACCUUUAUAUGCAGAAACAAAACUCUUUACGGAGUCUAGUGAAACAUGGCACACACGUUUACAGUGUCAACUCGCCAUGUUUAAUUCAAGUAGCUUUUCUAAUCUUUUAUAACGAGUACCAUUAAUUGAUCCUUUGGUGAUCUCCUAGGAUUGCAAAGCAAUACGCAACAUUAGGAUCAACUGGAACUUCCUUCAGAGCUCCUGCUCCCUUCAGUAGGUAACUGAAGCAACACUGUUAUUUAAAUUGAAAACCAAAGGAAAUCGGAGGUGGAUGCUGCCAGAAAGGAGGUACAAAGGAAAUCCACGGAGAAUAUCUGGCUGGAUAUCUGAUCAAAUAAUAUAUACAAUGGCAGUGUUUUACUUCUGUAGGCAAUAUUCAUUGUUGAGAUGCUAGCCACUGCCGCAAAUUUUA